AUUUCUCGUACUGUUGGUUGGAUAGGAGGAAGCAAUAUUUUCCCCACAAUUCACACACCGACACGGAUUAUCUUUCUCCCCCAUCGAGACCCAGAAAACGGAACAAUUUUGACCGUUUUCAGGCCUGUGUCAGCCGCACAGCAGACUUCCGCGAUGAUGGAAAUGGAGAUGAUGCAUUCCGGCCAUCAGAACAUGGACGAGAUCGACAUACUGUGGAGGCAGGACAUCGAUCUCGGCGCCAGGCGCGAGGUGUUCGACUACAGCCACCGUCAGAAGGAGUAUGAGCUGCAGAGGCAGCAGGAGCUGGCGGAGGAAAAGAGAUUGCACCUCCUCCAGGAGAAGGAGAAGGCCCUGCUGGCACAGCUGCAGCUUGAUGAAGAGACGGGAGAGUACGUGCCGCGUCUUUUGCCCAGUCGCCCUCUUCAGGCUCCUGCCACGCCUCUGGAGAUGACACAGGAUGUCAGCUUCACACAGGAGAAUACGGAGACUUUGUCGUUUGACGAAUGCCUGCAACUCCUCGCAGAGACGUUUCCUAUAGAGGAAGCUAAGGAUGCUUCAGUCUGCCUGGAAACAACUGCAACUGUUACUACAGCCAGCUGCAGUAGCAGCAGCAGCGUUGUCAUGAUGUCCCCCGAGCAGCCAUCUUUGCCCCCACUCACGCUUUCGCCAGCUCCUCUGGUAGCAUCCCAGCCACAGAGGAUGUCACUUGAUUUGGAGCAGGCCUGGAUGGAGCUGCUGUCUCUCCCUGAGCUGCAGCAAUGUAUGACCCAGCAAAUGGAGGACCCACUGGAAACGGCAACCUACCCUCUUACAACCAGUGCUGAAGCACAGGAUCCCAGCUACCCUUAUUACCCAAUGUCCAAUCUUGCAGACAAGGAACAAAACAAUUUAAACGUGUGUCCAACAAUGAACACAUUUGAAGGCUCGGUUUGCAGUAUGUCCCCGCCAGACAACCUGUGCCAAAUCGAGCCAGAAGCUCCCCAGUUAAACCGUUUCAGCCAUAAUAAUUAUUGCGACAGUUUUUAUCCUGUCGUGUCGGAGGAGAGCGGUGGUCAGCCAGACCACGAAGUAGAUGAGUGCAACGUCCAAAGCCUGUACAGCCUGUCGCCUGGUGACGCGUUUAUGCGGGGCAAAAACAACCUAUCUGCAGAAGUGCCUGACGUAGACUCGGGACUCUCUUCAAGUACAAGUCCUCACACUUGCUCACCUGGAAAAUCUCUGUAUGGAGACGAAGGUUUUGGUUUCAGCGAUUCCGACAUGGAAGACAUGGACCAGAACCCCGGCAGCGCAGAAUCUGAUUACUCGGAGAUGUUCUCAUUGAAUUUCCAACCUGACAAUGUUCAGCACGUAGUGCCUCUGUCUGCAUUAAUGGGCCAGCCUCAGAGCCAGGACAAGCCGCCCAAACUGGAGAAUAUGGAUCCAGCCGAGGAGAUGGGCUACAGUUGUCCGCCCUUCACUAAAGACAAGCGCAAGAGAAGCUCGGAUGUGCGUCUCUCUCGAGACGAGCAGAGAGCCAAGGCCCUCAACAUCCCUUUCACUGUGGACACGAUCAUAAAUCUUCCUGUAGAUGACUUCAACGAGCUGAUGUCAAAGAACCAACUGAAUGAGGCCCAGCUGGCCCUGGUCCGAGACAUCCGCCGCCGCGGCAAGAACAAAGUGGCGGCACAGAACUGCCGCAAACGCAAGAUGGAGAACAUCGUGGGGCUGGAGAACGACCUGGACUCGCUCAAAGAGGAAAAAGAACGCCUGCUGGGCGAGAAGUCGCGUAACACGAGCGGCCUUCGAGAGAUGAAGAGGCGGCUGAACAGCCUGUACCUGGAGGUGUUCAGUGUGCUGAGAGACGAGGACGGAAACUCCAUCUCCCCGUCUGACUUCUCACUGCAGCAGUCAACCGAAGGCAAUGUCUUCCUUGUCCCUCGCACUAAAAAGACUUUUAUCAAGCGCUAAGAUCACCCCUUAAGACCUUUGUAAUAAGGUACUGCAUUCAUGUAGUAGCACUAUGCAAUAACUUUCUCAGCUUUAAGAAUCAGUAGAACUAUUGUAUAGUUUUUCUUUGUUCUUCCUGGAUGUUGUAAUAUUUUUUUUAUAUUUUAUCUCUUUUGUACUCUACAUAUUCUAUACCCGAUUAUUUGUAAAUAAGCAUUACAUACAUUUGAGAGGAAUACAAAUGUUACUGUAAGUGUAAAUAUACAUACUGUAUAGACAUUGUUUCUGUAUGCUAAUGAUGUGUUUUAUAACUAGACCCUGUAUGAUUUGCUGCACAGGUUCUUUUUAUGCUUUUCAAUAAACCCUUCCCUAAAGCUA